CCUGCAGGGGGGUUUUGGUGCAGAAAGCGGUGAAACUUAGAAGAAACAUUCUACUUUCCGAAGCUGAAGACAACUAUGGAAAACGAAUCAAUUCAAGUUUUAUGCGUUGCAGAUAAAGAUGAAGAAAAUCAAAGGAGUGAAGCAACUGAAUCCACUCAUUCUAAGAGUCAUGUGGAAGAAUCAACACUGGUUCCAUGUUCUCCAGAGAAUAAUGCUUAUGCUGGUAAGGAUGAUUGGAAAAAUGGAGAUGUAGAUGAUGUUGGUACUGCUGGGGAAGUAAAUAUGGAAGCUUCAAUAACUCCUGAUGAAGUUGUUCGGGCUGGGGGAUUUGGGGCAAGGGAUGACAUAGGUAGCUUUCUUCCUGUUGCAAGUGACUCAACUGAUUUUGAAGCUUCAAUUCUUGAUGCCAAAGACUAUGAAGAACCCCAGGAACUAGGAGAACCAUCCAGACAUGGUCUUGGCUGGAGAGAAGCACAAAAAACAGAAUAGCUCAAUAUUCCCUACAACAUAAGUGAGUUGUCAAAAACAAAUUAUGGUGUUUUCUUCUUUUUGCUUUGUCACUUGUAGUAUGUUCUGUCUGGAUUGGUUUUGUUGAUUACACAAUAUUUUCUGUGAUGACAACUUUCUGGUAUCUUAUAAAAAGAAAAGGCAUCACAUCUUUUGACAGGGCUAUAUCAGGAAAGUAACUAGAAAUGGGUCUUCAUAAAUAUGCUUUGAAACACCCUUUGUGAGCUACACUAUACCAUGUCUUUUGUACAAUAUAAUAUUUUCUCUGUU